CUUGAUCUAUUUAUCCAGUUGGAUAUAGUUUAGAGAGGUAAGUCACAUACUCCCGUGACUAAUAUCAAACCACCCGAGAAGUUCGGAAGCCCAUAUAUUUAGUUAGCGCUCAUCCUGACCCGACGGCAACGCGCUGCCUUGACCUAUUUAACUACCCCACAAAACUCGCUCCCAAGGCGCUGCGACGGGCCAACAUCUCCCCCCAGUCCCAACGUCGAUCGACUCUGGCUGGAUCCAUUAUCUGCGACCUUUUGUUUUUUCUUCUUCAGGCGUUUGUUAUAGAUGUCAUUCGGACAGGCGGCCGCUCUUCUAGCGCAAUGACAUCUACCUUCCCCGCUGGCGAUGCCGCUCUCCAUGCAGUCAGCGGCAGCAGCAGCAACAAUGGCGGUGGCGACGCUGCUAAACGAAAAGCGGAACCCAACAGCGGAACUCAUACGCGGACAAAGCGGAAUCGGUACAUCUCGCUGGCCUGCAAUGAAUGCAAGCGUCGCAAAAUCAAGUGCAAUGGCCAGGUACCAUGCCAGCGCUGCGGGCAUCUUUCUCUGGAAUGUAAGUUCGUCUUGCACUGAUUCUGGUGGGCACUUAGCCGCAUCAAGUUGUGAGCUGAGGCUCACUCAUUUCGCAAUUGCAAAAUAGGCCUAUAUGCCCCUAACUGCUGCACCCGUAGCAUUAAAGAUUCAGAGGAAUUUCGUUCGAUGAAAGAGCAUAUCGAGACAUUACAAGAUCAAGUGAACACCCUGUUUGCUAAUAUAAACGAGCUAUAUCAAAAGACCGACUCAUCGGCUGUUGAAUCCAAUGCAUACGGUCGAGAACCUUCACGCUCCCUCUCCCAGCCAAGCUAUGAUUCUCAAAAUCAAACUCCGCCGCGGCCUCGCUCCAAUCAUCCUCGUUUCCAUGGGCCCACCAGCACGACGUUCAAUCUCCAUGUCGCCAAGUCAAGCUUGCAAACGAUGGGAAUUACUCCCGCUGAGGAUGGAAAUCACGACUUAUUUGCAGGUCAGGAUGCGACGCCAGUGGACUCACCACCUCCGCAACAGCAACAACUACCUCCUAUCCCACAGCUUUCGGCCCAUCCGAACAAAGAUCCAUUGUGGGUCAUAAAACGUGAGGAAGCCAUUAGGUUAUGCCGGGUUUAUGAACGGGAAAUCGGAAUCAUGUACCCUCUCCUUGAUAUUGAGAGGCUGAUUACGCACACUAACCUGCUCUUCACGUUCCUUGAGGCCGCUUCUCGGACUGGAUUCACGAGACGUUUUAAACCAGGACCUGAUAUGCUGACUGACGAUGACACUUGUAUCCUUAAGAUGGUCCUUGCAAUUACGUUGAUCGUUGAAGGCAACGGCCAGAGUGCCCUAGGGAUUCGACUUUUCACUACUACAAAACAGAGGAUUGAGAUGAAACUUUGGGAGCCAACGGAUCUCAGAACAAUUCAAUUGUUUGCACUCAUGGCCACAUACCAUUUUCAUACUGACGAAGAUAAUAUGGCUUAUCGGUUUAUCGGCCAUACCACCCGCAUGUGUCUUGAGCUUGGGCUGCAUAGAAGAGAUGGCAUGUUUAAAGUUUGCCCAAACGAAGCGGACAUACCUUCUGUUGCCAAGCUGUUUUGGUCAGUCUACUGCUUGGAUCGACGAUGGAGUUUUGGCAUGGGUUUACCAUUUAUCAUUCAGGAUGAAGACAUCGAUUCGUCUCUACCGGAACCUGAUGAUUCUGUGCCAUAUCUGAAAGCAAUGAUAUCAUAUUGCCGUAUUGGCUCUAAGAUUUGGUACUCCGGUUUGGGCUCUGUUGGUACUGUGACAGCCAAAAGAGAAGUAAUUGGCUUUCUUGAUUAUCAGGUCCUUCAAUGGCUGAAGAAUGUCCCCGAGAACCUGAGAUUUUAUUCGCCCGAACACUCUCUAAAUGGGGACGGAAUCGAUCGGGAGACCCGACGUUUGCGUGUGUUGCUGUACAUUCGCGGUAAUCAUAUGAGGAUACUUAUUUACCGCCCGGUGCUACAUUCCACUAGCGGCAUCCUCGAGAACAUGGGAUAUGCCGAAACCGUCGUCGACAUUGCCAAAGACACCAUCCGCGUCCUCGCUCACCUCAACCAGACAUCUGACAUCUAUCGCUCUCACCAGAUGCUCUUCAACUACUUCCUCGUCUCUGCAUUGGCAGUUCUCCUUCUAGCCGUAUCUCACGCCCCCGCUGAAUUCAACCGCCAGGUACGCGACGAGUUCUACAUGGCCCUGGACCUGGUAAAAGGGUUCAGUGCGAAGUCAUACGUCUCGAAGCGCUUGUGGAAAAUGAUCAAGGGGCUACGUGGAAUUGGAGAGAAACUUGGCCUGCUCAAUCGUCCCGCCCCACCAGAUCCGAAUGACCCCCAUUCAACUGCAGCUGUUGCCAUGGCCGGAUUAGCCGGCCACCCCAUGGACGUGAUGGCUGUGUAUCGCGACAUCAGCGCGAGUGGUGAGCUAGGAAACAGCCCACAGGAUGGCGUUCAGAUGAGCAAUGAGCUGACGCACCUGUUUGAGGCUGUGGGUGGCUACGGUGGUUUUUUGGCCCAGACUAACAGUGCCGGGGAUGGAGAUGGCAUUAAUGGCGAGAUGGUGAAUGCCCAGGGCGAUCUGACCAGUGCAGAGGGAUUGGGUUCGAUUCUCGGAAAUGAAGCGGAGUUUGCCCGAAUUAUGCGAGAUGUAUUCUAGAUGGCGGAUAAUUUGCGUCCCUUUGGUUUUCGACGGUAGUAUCUUUAUGAAUGUCUUACGAAUUUUAAUUACAUAUAUACAUACAUAUAUAGUUAUUGGUUUGUAUACUUUAUAUGAUAAGGCAGUGGCACCUUCAAAAAAACGUCAGGAAGCAGAAAACUUGACCUCGCUAAGUGCGCCACUUGACCUCGUUAUGUAAGCUGACCUCGCAAAUGUGGCCUGUGCCACUACCUGAUCUUGCACAAUACAUCUUUUCUUGUAAUUUGAA